UGCCACUUGGUCGACCUUUUUUCGAAACAGAGACCGUUUGACGGCCUGCAAACCAAGUCAAGGAUCGACAGGAGUUCUGAUCGUUUUUCGCUCCUCUGUUGGAUAUUAUCAUUUACGAGCCCCUCCAAGCCUUUCUUGUCUUGUUCAACUCUCAAGGUCGCUCCUCCGAAGUCAAAGCCACUUCCAGCUUUCUUGCACUGUUCCGCUCAACAAACUCAACCUACGAACCGUCCUUAGACUUUUUCUCCUCACGACGACCGUUGCCCGUCACGAGAGCCUCUAACCCCCUGGAGCAGCUCUGCAUCAUCCACCACAAUUCAUAGUCACUCCUUUUGGUUAUCCCGCUCUCUCUCACUCCGCACCCCUCCGAUCAAUGGAAUAGACCUUAGCAACACAACACCGAACAACUCAGCAUAAUUACACAUGGCACCUACCAAGGACUCAACUUCGGUGCCGCUGGCCGACUACUUCUUCAUAUCGGGCAUUGAGUCGACGCAGAUCUACGACGAGCGCGAACAUGCCGCCGCUUCUCCACCGCCGGUAGACGAGACGAUCGAGGAGGACAUUGCGCUCGAGACAGACAGUACCACUUCGCCCAGGCCUUCGACACCGGGCUCACCCAACACGGACAGGACCAAGAGGGGGUCUUCUCGUUACAGUUGGGAAGCGCGCAAGAGCAUUAGCAGUGUCAUCGGUCCCGGCGACUUCAAACUCACACCCAGCAACCGUAGCAGCGCGACAAUCAAGGGUCUGCAAGCAGAAGCACCUGGCCUCAGCGACGAGGACUUUGAGAUUGCGCUGCGCAAGUUCGCAUCUGAGAGGGAGAACUUCCUUGAGGAGAUACAAGUCCAGGCAGGAGCAGUCGUACCGCAAACCUCGCGCACCCCGAAACCCAGGCCGAGGACAGUACGCAUCACAAGCUCGGAAGAUGCAGCGAACAACGCGGCAGGACAGAAGGGUGGUAUCGGAGGAUUGAGGAGACGUCUGUCGACCAUGAACAGUAUGAAGAGACAACCCUCGGUCUCAGUAUCAAGACAACCUUCCACACGCACUUCGAAACGAUUGAGCGGCUACAAUUCAGUCAUCCCCACGCCGAAACCUUUCAAGGCUUCGCCCGACAUGCACCCCCUGAAACGACGAUACGAGCCUGUUUUGUUAGACAGAUACCCCCCGAAAGCGUUAGACGACGAGACGAAGCGAAGAUGCCCUUUCCCCGAUUACGUACCCAUGUUUGCCUUUCCCAACGAUGUCGUGGUCGUCUCUUCCGACGAGCGACCAAGAUCGACCUGGCACGGUUUUGCCAUGACGACUGGCGACGGCUCCAAACUCCAUUCUAUCUGUGUUACCGUUUGGAUGCCCUUGAACGAAUCAGCGUCCGUUGAGCUUGAGAGACAAUGCGAGGCAUGGCGCAAAGCCAACAUGAGUGAUGAAGAGAGGGAAUUGGCUAGCAGUUUGGGAGAACGUCUAGCAGGAGAAAGAGCGAAACUUUCAAGAUUGCUAGCUGAACUGCCCAACGCAGCCCAAGGAUCAGCAGAGAGAGAAACACUCGAUGAGCAAAUCAGUGCUGUUGAGGAGAAGAUCGCACUCAUGGCUGAUUUGCUGCGUCCCGUACGACAUGGAGCCGCGUCCAAGAUUGAAGGCCUUACCGAUGGCGAGAGUGGUUUCUGGAUCCCUCGAUGCUACGGUGUCCUGGGCAAGGACGGAGCCAUGACGAGUUUCUGGAAGGAAUGGCUCAAGGCCAUCGUCACACCCAUGACGAAUGGCGCUGUACUUCGCGUCCCUCCAAGCUCCCCUAAAAUCGGCAUGUGGCAACCGCUGGAACGAUACGUCGUCAACUUGUGCGUCGAGGCCCCUAGCCCCAUGUCUUCCAGCACUCAGAUCGAAGUCGCCAUUCGCGAAUUGCGUCUGUAUGCCAGAAAAGAAGCCGAGAACGAAAUUCCUGGAUCACGAAACACCGACAUUUACGCUCUCUUCCGCUCCCUUUCUUUAAACAACAUCGUCACCCUGUUCGAAUACGUCCUUUCCGAAUCACGAAUUAUCUUGCUCUCAUCUCACACAUCUAUGCUGCAUCUUGCAAGCGCCGCCAUUACCAGUCUAAUCUAUCCUAUGAAAUGGGCUGGAGUUUUCAUCCCUGUCCUCCCGGCCCGUCUAAUUCAAGCUCUCGAAGCUCCUUGCCCUUACAUCGUUGGUGUGGAAAGAAGAUACGAGAAUCUUGAGUUUCCGGAUGACGAUUUUGUGCUCGUAGAUUUGGAUCAAGAUACAAUCGAAAGCACGGCAAGACCGACUCUCAUGCCUCGGCAACAGCGCAGAAAACUCGUUGCUUCGUUGCAAGUAGUCGCGCCCCACCACACGCGCUACGGUGUGCCAGUCGGUCCUCCCUCUUACGCCAUCGAGACUUUCCCGAACAAUGCAUUUUCAUCUGAGAAUCCCCAAAUCUACAGCCAAAGAGCGACUCCUUCGAGCCUGGCUUCUUUGGUUGGUGCCAAUUCUGCUGCUUUCGCGGAGAUGCCUGUGCCCACACAAAACCGCAACAUCAUCCUUAACGCCUUCCUCAACUUCAGAACCAGCUCGCGAGGAAGCGACCGCCCCUCAACAGGCUCUACAACCAGAGAAGACCGUCGAUCCUCAUCUACCAGAUCUCCGCCAUCUCCCACCAUCCCUUCGCCAUUGUCGCAAACUUUCCCCACAACUCCUGUAUCACGCAAUGACUCGGGCUACAGCAUGCAAACCUCUCUUCGUGAAAAGCGUUCUGGACAUUUCGAUGUAGCGAGCAGACGCAACUCUUCCUUCGGUUUCGACCGUAUGGCAAACUUGAGAAGACCCAGCGUCGCUAACGGCACUCAGCAGCCUUUCAUCAGCCACAACAGCAGCAUGUCAACAUCGACUCUUGCAAACUCGGCGGGUUACGCACCAUCUGUCUACGCACCAUCCACUCUUGCAGCUUCCACCAUCAUGCCGAGUGCCGUUCAGCCCUCUUGCCCCCGCGACACUGACACCACUAAGUGGGUUGAGGGUCAUUGUCUAGUAUGGCGUCCGCGCGAAGACAAGUUGUACUGCAGCAUCUGCGACGACAAAUGCGAAGAUGGUGUCUACCGCUGCGGUGGAUGCAAUACCAGCGUACACCCUCGCUGUCUCCACGAGAUCUCGGUCGUCUGUCCCCUCGCCUUCCGCUCCGAAGCCGUUCGCGCAGUCUUUGUCCGCUGCUUUGCCUCGCUACUCUACACCUACCGUCGCUUCAUGCAUCCUGCAUCCGGCGAACGCAGAAAAGCAGGCAUGGUAUAUCACUUCAAUAUGGAUCAAUUCAUCCGCAGCGUACCUGGUGAAGCAACAGACUACAUCUCCAUGAUGCGCGAGACACAGAUGUUCAACGAGUUCAUUCACGAACGCGAGUCCACACGCGCCGAACAUCCUUCCAUCAAGCUCUUCGACGAAAUCAUCCUCGCCAAGCGAAACAGAGGUCGUGGAUCCAUCUUCUCCAAGCACAAUACAUCAUGGCUCUUUGACACCUCCGAGCAUUUGUGGCGCUCGGCUUCUACUGCAGCACCCAACUCCCGCUUCCCAGGUGACUAUCGUCAGGUCGUUAGUAGGAUCCCGGCGAAACUGGACACUACGCUCAUGAAAGAGCCACGCGCAGUACAAGGACUUCCCCGCCCACAGACACGCACAAAGCGCAAGCCCAUUCCUUCUAUGAUGGGCUUAAGCGUCGACGAAGAAGCCCACGCUUAGUCCUCCCAUCCACCAUCAGCAACCACAGUCUGCAAACUCGAUUUCCGCAUUUCCUACAUUUUCUGUUUUCUUGUUUUUCUCGUGCCUUUUUCCAACACUCGCUACAGCCAACUUGAACGCCAGAUUCGCUAUACCCCCCGCUCGUACCCAUUCUACCCAAACCACCACAGUAGCUACCUCGCUUUUGCUUUGAUGCCUUGGCUUGCUGUACUAUACCCCCUUUUUCCUGUUUUUUUUUUUUUUGCUUUGCCUUUUCUGCUCCU